UGCGCGUAGCCAAGCUUCGGCCCCUUCUACAUGGCUCAAGGCAUUAUCCUAUCAGGCCUUCCGGACAUCGGACAGCCAUCCAAAAAUUCAAUGGCGUCGUGAACGCCAUGGUCCACGUCGCGGAACCGACCGAAGACGAGAAUCGAGGUGGAGUUGUCGUCGCGGUCAAGGACAACAUCUGUACCGCGUCAAUGCCUACGACGUGCUCCUCUGCCAUGCUUGCCGACUUUGUCUCUCCAUAUGAGGCGACGUGCGUCCGGUUGCUGCGCGAGCAAGGCGCCCACAUCAUCGGGAAGACUAACUGCGACGAGUUCGGUAUGGGCUCGCUAAACGUGCAUUCAACGCACGGACCCGUCGUCAACCCGUACAAACUCGGUUCUGAACAUCGCCAGACCGGCGUUGAACCCAGAUCAGCUGGCGGAAGCUCUGGAGGUAGUGCCGCUGCCGUUCGUGCGGGAAUGUGUGAUGUUGCACUAGGAACGGAUACCGGCGGUUCUGUCCGUUUACCGGCUUCUUACUGCGGCGUCGUUGGGUUCAAGCCGUCUUAUGGCCUAAUAAGCAGACGAGGCGUCGUAUCGUAUGCAGAUAGCUUGGACUGUGUGGGUAUACUCGCCAAAAACAUAUCUGAAGUAGAACGGACCUUUGAUAUCAUGAAUUGUCAUGACCACGGAGACCCCACGUCCUUGCCAAUGCGCACCCGGGGCAGUGCCUCCGCGUUUUGUGAUCGCAGGAUGCGAACUAUGUCGCCUCAUUCGGACCUGCCAACGCCUGCCCACGGCCUCCGCAUCGGCAUCCCACAGGAAUACUUCCCCUCCGAGCUCUCUCAGUCGGUAGUGUCGCCCGUGCGACGGGUUCUCCAAGCGUUAGCAGAGCAGGGCGCCGAGAUCGUCCCGGUGUCGCUACCUUCCACUGCUUAUGCUCUCAGUGCAUACUAUGUCAUCGCGAGUGCGGAGGCGAGCAGUAAUCUGGCAAGGUACGAUGGAGUGCAGUAUGGUCUACGCGUGAUCCCGCCUCCAGGGAGUGAUAUUACGAAGACCUCGAGGGUUUACGCCCAUACACGCACUAAAGGGUUCGGAUCGGAAGUGAAGAAACGCAUUCUACUUGGCACAUACGCUCUAACCGCCGACGCCUUCGAUAACUACUUCCUUCAAGCCCAACGCGUGCGGCAGUUGAUCAAACACGAUUUCGACCGUGUCUUCACCGUGCCCAACGCUCUUACUUGGACGGGAGAAACGGCCGAUACCGCGGACAAAGUCGAUGUCUUGAUCCAUCCUUCUGCGAUUCGAACGGCGCCUCCCUUACAAAGGGCAGGCGGUGCAUCGGGGUCGGCCGAUGCGCUGGACGCUUACGUACAGGACGUGCUCACCGUACCGGCGUCGCUCGCGGGGCUUCCAGCUCUCAGCGUGCCCGCUGGCGAGGGCGACGACGGUUGGCCGGUGGGCGUGAGCAUUGUGGGACAGUGGGGGUGCGAGAAGAUGCUGUGGUAUGUCGGAAAAAUGGUGGAACAGACGAUGUGUUAAUCCAAGGCCUAUCGGAGUGCAUCCUGAAUGCUCAUGACGAAGAUACCGUCCAGUAUUGUUCACCGAAUCCAUCCACCGCGCCCUGCCAAUAGAUCUCAGCAUACACAUCAACCCGAUUAGAUCAUUGAAAUUAAUAUCAUUUUGAC